CGGAUCCGCGCGCCCCACGGCACUCUGAUUGGUGGAGUCGCUCAGGUUCUGGGUCGGGGGCUCCGCGCUCGGCUCCUUCAGCUCCGCACCCGCCUGGCUACAGCAGGGCCGGGGCAGCACGGCUACUAGGCCUUCGGACUCGUCUGUAGCUGGGCGCUCCAGUCCGGGGGCUGGGACAGCUCCCGUCGCUCCCGGUUCCGCCGUACCCCUCUCCACGACCUGAGUUGGGCAUGUUUUCCAGGGCCCAGGUGAAGCGGAUCCUGCAGCGGGUGCCCGGGAAGCAGCGAUUCGGCGUCUACAGGUUCCUGCCCUUUUUUUUUGUCCUGGGAGGAACGAUGGAGUGGAUCAUGAUUAAACUGCGUGUGGGCCAGGAGACCUUCUAUGAUGUCUACCGUAGAAAAGCCUCAGAACGACAGUAUCAGAGAAGGCUGGAAAAUGCAUCAGAGACUGAACUUCAGCCGUCAAUAAAGUGAAUAUGAAAUUUCACUACUGAUUUCAACUCCUUUGAAAAUGUACUUUUCAGAUCUCUUGUUCUUAUUCCGAACUGCCUUUACAAAGAAUUUUUAUAGUUUUCCUGUCUGCUUCAAUACUUCCCAAGUCACUGUUGGACAGCACUUACAGAAAAACUAUUUCCUCCUGAAACACCUGCCCACUGAAUCUAUUCCAUGAAAUAUUUCUUAAACAAUUCAAGGAUCAAGCAGGAUGCUUUUUUAGUACAGUCUGAAUUGUUUGUGAAGUCUUGUUUCAGGCAACAAAUUGAUAACCUUAAUUUCCUUUUCUCAGAAUUCAGAUUUAAUCAUGGACGUAAAAGUAAGAUCUCUAUUACAAGAUUAUUUAAACCAGGAUAAUUAUGCAGAUUACAUUUCUGCCAGCUACCAGUCUGUCACCAUUUUGCGAGGGUGGUGGGAAUGCCUGACCACACGUUACCCCAGUGAGGUGCUCUUGUGAACAGAAAUAACCCCUUCCUUUGCCUGUCCCUACUAACAUACAAGGGCUGGACCUCCACGAGGACUCCAGAGGGGACAGGCUUCACACCCGUCUGUGAUGAAGAUGUGCUUUCAUCCAGCUGCUAAAGAUAAAGACACUGCUUCUUCCCUAAGAAAACGAACCUUCACACUGAAAAGCAAAACCAUAAAACAACCACAGACUUCAGCUAAGAGGUUCAGAGAGAUUUUGUAAUUUGACCCACAAUAAGUUUGGGUCAGCUGAUAGAAAAAACAAAGGCUUUAUCCAUUUUUUUUCUUUUAAUCCAUGCUUGGUAACUACAUCCAACAUCUAUUUAAUCAAGAACAUCUCUCUAUUAAGGCUAAGUUUCAAAACGCUUUCUAACAAUUGCUCAUGAAUAUACAGAAGCAGAUGCUUAAGGCCACAGGGUAUUCUCAAGUUAAAAGAUCUCUGCCACAAACAUAUGUUCCAAGUUUUUCUAGGGUUUUUUCUAAUUUAAGCUAGUUCACUGAUCUUAGAACCAAUUCAGUAUAAAUAGCGAGCCACUGACUACUCAGAUCUCCUUCAAGUGCUACCUGCACCAGCUGAGAGUCAUUGCUCAGAGAUGGCUUGAGUGUGAAGACCAGGGAGAGGAAGGAGGUUUUCCUGUGCACUUGUGUGAACUAGAGAGUUCCUGGUGAACCUAACCUCAUAGGCAUUUUAGUGGUUAGACUGCAGCAUAAGGAAUUAAAUUGUGGUAGGAUUCUCCCAGUUAUAUAGCCUUAUUCCAUGU